AUGGGGACAGUGACUGAUCCCCCCCAGGACCCCGAUCCUGGGGGACACUACCAGUUCCGUGUCAUAGUGCUGGGGGACGCGGCCGUGGGGAAGUCAUCGCUGCUGCGCUGCUUCGCGGAGGGUCCGGGCAGGGGGAGCGUGGGGGUGACAUCCCCCUGCCCCACGGUUGGUGUGGAAUUCUACAGCCGCACGGUCCCGCUGCCCUGCGCCGGCAAAGCCAAGCUGCAGCUCUUCCCCACUGCACCCUGGGAGCGUGAACGGUCCAUCACCAGGUCCUUCUACCGGAGCGCGGCCGGCGUGUUGCUGGUGUUUGACCUGACCAACCGGGCGUCCUUCGAGCACGUCCCCGAGUGGUACCGCGAAGCUGCUGGGGACCGACCCCCGACCUUCGUCCUGGUGGGACACAAGAGUGACCUGGCAGCCGACAGAGCCGUGUCGGCAGAGGAGGCCGGGCAACUGGCAGCCACCCUGGGCAUGGCCUUCGUGGAGACCUCAGCCCACAGCAACCUCAACGUGGAGUUGGCCUUCCAGAUGCUGGCGGGGGGCAUCCAGCGGGCACUGGGGCAGGGGAAACUCGUCCCUCACCAGGGAUGUGACGGUGUCAGGCUCAUCCCCAGCCAGAGCCACCGCCAGCCCCCGGCACGGGGAGAGCCCCGGGAGCGGUGCCAGUGCUGA